UCAGCCGAGCGAAUAGGAAAUCAUGAGCUUCUACAGUAUUAAUCAACAAAAAGUUUAAACUCUAAUAUUCAUAAGAGAUGGACGUUCUAACGAAGAAAUGUUUCUCUUUGUCGGAGAUAAGCAAAGUGAUGUUAUCUAAGAUAUUUGAAAGCAUUGCUGGAGAUAAAGAUCUAACUUUACAAAAGGAAAUCAUUCCUCCCUUGCAAAGGAUUUGUGGAGUUACUUGGCUUAGGGAAAAUGAGAUUAAGCAGAUAUUCACCCUGGAUUCAAUUGCAACCAAUAGACCAAACAAACAAGUCUACUUAAUCUACACCAACUAUAAGACCUUUUCUAAAGUAAUCAAUUUGGUAAGGUCCCAAUUGGAUCCGGAUAAUGCUCCCAAAGACAAAUACCAUGUAGUGUGCAUUCCACAAAAGCUCCAUGUAUAUGACACAAUAUUGGAAAGAUUGGGUUUAUUCGAAAUAAUCCAAUUGCAUUCCAUGCAGUGGUAUCCAAUUUCAAUAGAUGCUGGCAUCUUGAGCUUGGAAAUUCCCAAUAUGUACAAGCAGAUCUUCCUAAAUGAUGAUCUCACUUUAAUCAUGCAGUAUGCCAGGUCUAUAUUUCACUUGAACAUGGUUUUUGGGAAACCGAAAUUUAUGAUGUCUGUAGGAGAGAAGAGCAGUAUUGUGAUGAAACAAUUCCAAGAUCAUUAUAAACAUAAUGAGAGUAAAUCAGAUUUUGGUGGUUUGGUGAUAUGUGAUAGGUCUCUAGAUUAUCCUAGUGCCUUAUUAACACCAGGAACAUACUCGGCUAUGCUCAAAGAAGUGUAUGAUAUUAAAGCAGGUCAAUGUGAAUGCAAGGAUGUGGAAAAGUCCAAACAGUUUGAGAAAUUCACGUUGGAUGGUUCAAGUGAUAAAGUGUAUGAUGAUAUUAAGUAUAAGCACUUCAUUGAGGUGACAGCAAUAUUGAGUGCACAAACUAAGAAGUUGAGGAAUGAGGGUGAGUACUCCAAAAGCAUGGCUUUGGAGGAGAUGAAAGAAUAUGUUAGGACACAACUGAAGGAGAUCAACGAAAGGAAGAAACUUGUUGCAACUCAUCUGAAUGCAGCCGAAACCAUAGUGAGUAACUUCUUGGAUAGGUUCAAUAAGCAAGUUGAGGUUGAAAGAGGUAUAAUGCAGAACAAGAGCAAGAGCACACAUUUCCAGUUCUUGAUGCAACAGCUGGAAACAUCAGCAGACCCAAAAUCCGUAUUAGCUCUGAUGUGUCUAAUUGGAAUCACACAAGGGAUAGCGGAAAGUGAUUACAAGAAAUUCAUGUUGAGUUACAUGGAGAAAUUCGGAUUCCAAGCGGAUCAAUUAGGUCUGCACGAUAAUUUGGUGAAGGCGAAGUUCAUAGAAGAAAGCAUGUCCUUGACAAUAGCCAGUCUUUCGAGUAAACUGCGUAAAACACUCACGAAUGCCUUUUACACGAACGCCAAUAAACUGAAACUGAUUCCGAGCGAUCCAGAAAAGGUCAACUUGAAGACCCCGAACUGUUUCAGUUACGUCUUCGGAGGGAAUUACGUACCGUUGGUCACUCAAAUCGCAUCGAUGCUUUUCUGCUCGACGCCCAUUGAAGAAGUCAAGAGUAAAUUGAGCCCUCUGGGCCCGGUUCACGUGGAACACAACAAUUUGUAUCCUCUGCUCAACAAGUCUCUGAUUAUCCUAGUUAUCGGUGGUGUAACUUAUUCAGAAGUUGCCGCGUGCAAUUUGCUGGAAAACCUUUUGGGAGCGAAAAUUGUUCUCGUAAGCGACAGUAUUAUUUCGUCCAGCGAUAUAUCCGAAGCCCUAUCAAAUACAUAUUCUUGAAAGUUAUUAUAAUUAUAAAAAAAAAUAGUUUAU